AUGCAAUGUCUAUUUGAAGACAAAAUUCCAAAUUCAGAAGUAGAAGAUGCAGAUGAUGUUGACUACAUUCCCAUGUCCGAAAAUGAACUUGAAGAUGAUGGAAACAUAACGGAAACUGCAACAGGACGACCAAAGAAGGGUAGGAAAAAAAUUUCUAUUUCUUUUGUUACAGUAAUUAUAAGUAUCUGCUGGUUUGCUGGAAUCGUGGUGGGCUUCCUUCCGCUACUAGGAUGGCACAAAAAACCUGACAGGGACUACUGCUUCUUCCUCAACGUAAUGCAAUCAAACUACUUGGUGUUUUUAUAUUUCGGCACUAUCAUUACCCCAGCUCUACUACUAGCAGCGUUUUAUGCUCACAUCUACCAGGUCGUCGUCAGACAGCUGAAGCAGAUGGUCAUCAUGCACCCUGAGAAAGGCUCAUCAACCAAAAACAACUCAUCUGGAGGCACCAUGGUGAGAAUACUGGGUAUCCAGCAGACCAACGAAGUGAAAGCAACGCAAAACUUGGCCAUCAUCGUUCUGUUCUUCAUGAUUUGUUGGUUUCCUUUGUACACUAUCAACUGCAUCAUAGCUUUCAAGCCGGACUUCCACGUGAACUCAAAUGUGAUGCUCAGUAGUAUCAUCCUCUCGCAUCUGAAUUCGGUUGGGAAUCCACUGCUAUACGCCUGUCACUUACGAGAUUUUCGUGCAGCAAUGAAAAACUUUUUCCUAGUUCUGUUCAACCAACCACAUCGUUGUGAACCCAUUAUUAGAAACUACGGACCGCCCAAUGCAGCACAGAAAAGAUCUAGUAGCGUUUCCACUUGUCAUCUGACGAAUAUUCAAAACAGAAUUCACUCCAAGGCGAAACUCCAUAUUCCCGACAAAGUUUCGAAUAUCGUUAAAACUACCGCUGCUGUAGCAGCGGCCACUACUGGGGAAGUGAACAAGAGUAUCUGGAACAUCGCGGAGCGAUCAAUAUCUUCAAGUGAUUCUUCAAAAUCUCUGGAUUCCUGUAACCAUGACAAAAGCUUGAUAAUUCGACCAGCCACGCCAUACCGACCAAGGAAUACCAACGAAUUGAAUCUAUCUGUUAAUAUCAAAAUGUGUGAAGAUGAUGAAUCUGAUGAUGGGUUCAAUGAAGAAGAAAUAUUACCAUAUCACGACUGUAUACUCGGUGAUUGUGUAAUCGAAACUUCACCCAAUCUGAGUAUCGGUACUUCUGAAAAAACAGACUAUUGUUAUGUUAAAUCUUUAUCGAAUUCUUCUCCUCAAUUAUCCAGAGGACUCUUCUUCGUAGACGGUGCCAAGGAUGUUGAUAACCAAUGUGAAUCUAGGAAAGUUAGUGGUGUUGAAACUUCCCCGAGAAAAAACGUUAAUUUUUUGUUGAGCACUCGUCAAGUUAUAAACUUGUUGAAGGGAAGGAAGCCGUUGCACAGGAGUCUCAGCGACAGCGGUCAUGUAUGUUGCACCACAAAUAAUGGGGUUGUUAAUUCUUGCGUCAGCUGAAAUAUCCUGUAUGAAGGAACUGAUAUUUAUUGAUUAUUGUGAUCUCAGAAUCCGGAGUCCCGUUUUCUUCUGAAGAGCAAAUUGAUAUCAAAAUUAGAUUUUCUGCCAACAACUAUAAGGUUGUUUCAAAAGUUUUGUCCGUGUUUAUGAGUCUGCUUCAAACUACAAUAUCACAGUGAACACUUAUCCAAUUCAAUUUUUAAAAAAUCGCGGUUUGAAUCAGUACACUUUUGCCGAUGUAAUAAAAGUCGAUUUAUUUCGUAAGCUCGGGAUUCGACGAAGUCCGAUCUCGAUUGGCGAAGGUUCUGCCGUAGAAAAAAUUAUCGAGGUGCUUGGAAAGAUGGUAGUCGAUUGGUGAGAGGUCUGGGGUGUAUGAUCGGUGAGGCAGAAUUCCGAAGCUCAAUUCAUUUAAUUUUCGUGCGGACGGGCGUUGUUGUGAGUAUCAGACCUCUUCUGUUGG